ACAAUGACUUUAUCAAAUCCGCACGGUGUAAUUUUAUGGAAAAGAGAUUUGUGAACUGAAAUCCGUAUAAGCAAGUACAUAUUACGUCAGUAAUUUACGUCAGAAUCCAAAGCUCAUUAAAGAGACAGGUCGCCACUAUAUCUUCCAUAUUAAACGAUAUCAUGUCAAAAACUUUACAAAUGUUAGAUGGUUAUCAGCAUCCGAUCAUUGGGCUCGGAACUUAUUUAUUAAAAGAUCCAGAUGCCAUUAGCACAGCCAUAAAGAGUGGAUAUCGCUGUUUAGAUACAGCCUGUUAUUAUCACAACCACAGGGAAUUUGGAUUGGGUGUUAAGAAAUCUGGUGUGCCUCGCUCGGAGUUGUUCUUAACCAGUAAAGUGGACCCUUGGACAGGUGCGGUGCACAAUGCACGUCAGAGUAUUUUAAGAGCAUUGAAUGAAGCUCAACUCGAGUAUUGGGAUUUGGUCUUGAUACAUUCCCCUAGUGGCGGUAAAAAUACACGUUUGAAUGCUUACGAAGAGCUUUCCUCAUUAGUAGACGAAGGAAAGAUCCGUUCAUUGGGAGUUUCAAACUACGGCGCUGGUCAUAUAGAAGAGUUAUUAGCGAGCAAGCCUAAAUAUGGUCCAGUUGUUAAUCAAGUCGAGGUACAUACUAUGCAUUCAAAUGACAAGGUAGUAAGAUAUUGUCAAGAAAAGGGUAUAAUCGUUGAAGGUUAUUGCCCACUUGGAAGAAAGCAAUUUUUUAAUAAUAGGGCGCUAAUUGAGAUUGCCAAAAAGUACAACUGCAGUGUUCCUCAGCUGAUGCUUAGCUGGUUGAUUGGGAGAGGAAUUGUACCAUUACCAAAAUCAUCCGAUGACGCAAGACAAAGGGAAAAUCUAGAAUCGACGAACGUGACACUGCGAGAGGCGGACAUGACAGAAAUUAACAAACUAGAUGAGCAGAUGGAUGUAGAUGGACAAUAUAUAAUACAAGACGGGGUAUGAUUCAGUGUUCUAGUAAUAACUUAAAAUAAAAGUCGAUUUCUGAUUUGUUGAUGAAUAAAUUGAAGUCAUUGAGUAAAAGAAAAUGUAGUUCUAACUGAUUAAGUUCAGACAAAGGAAGACCGCCAACUUUUGCAUAUCUAGAAUUAGUGUAGAAUAUAUCGGAUAAAAACUUAGAAGAUACUGUUAUGCCUGCGAUGAUUAAUCUGUGUAUAUUGUAACUAUUCAAUGUGAAGACGUUUGAUAAGGAUUUCAUCCUAUUGAAGUACACCAGAAGGGAAAGAAAAACUUGAUUAGUUGAUGGGCAAUAACGUAGUAUCCUAGAUAAAUAGUUCUUUAUUGAAAUUGUCGGUAUAGAUUUCGCUUGAAAUAGCUGCAAACUGGAUGGAUUGUUCAAGCUGUCUAUGCAAGCAGACGUCGUUGGUGUAGUCCUAGUAGCCGUAUUAUUCGUCUCCUUUGAUAGCUCGUCUAAUAAAAAUUUAUCCAGCAAAUCAAUUAAAUUAUUCGUAUCAAAUUCUAUUAAGUCGUCCAUUAGCGGGAACAAGAAGCAAAUGCCAUGCUCAGAAAUAUUUUCAAAAAUAUCAAUUAUAGCCCGUCCAGCAGUCCUUAUCUACACCAACUCAGCGAACUACUUAAUAAGAGGGACUUCUACAAUUUAAUUAAGAAUUUUAAGCAUUGCGACUUGCCUCUACACAGCUUGCAGCAGCUAGAACUCAGCUCUUUAAAUAGUCAAGAGAAGAGAAGACUACUCAAAUUGACUAGUAACAUACGUCCAAUUAGUAGGGCGACUUUGAACUUGAC